AUGUCUGUGCCCGAGAUCCAAGUGGAGGAAGUGGGUGAAGAAGAGGGGCUGGCAGGGGCCGCCGCGCCUCCUGAUGACCACCUCCGGAGCCUGAAGGCCCUCACCGAGAAGCUGAGGCUGGAGACCCGCAGGCCCUCCUACCUGGAAUGGCAGGCCAGGCUGGAGGAGCAGACGUGGCCCUUCCAGAAGAUGGCCACCGAGGAGAGCUUGGAGCAAGGAGAGCGUGGGGGUGGGGAGCCCCUGCUGCCCCCGAGGGAGCCCAGAGAGCACCCCCCGCCUGCCGGGAGCACCAGCCAGGGCGACAGAUCCCCUGGCAAGCUGGAAGGCUUCCAGAGUAUCGAUGAGGCUAUAACCUGGCUCAGGAAGGAACUGGCGGAGAUGCGGCUGCAGGACCAGCAGCUGGCCAGGCAGCUCAUGCGCCUGCGAGGUGACAUCAACAAGCUCAAGAUUGAGCAGACCUGCCGCCUGCACAGGAGGAUGCUCAACGAUGCCACCUACGAGCUGGAGGAGCGGGACGAGCUGUCCGACCUCUUCUGCGACUCCCCGCUGGCCUCCUCCUUCAGCCUCUCCACACCGCUCAGGCUCAUUGGGGUCACCAAGAUGAACAUCAACUCCCGGAGGUUCUCUCUCUGCUGA